AGGACACAUGGAGAGAUCCUUUUAACACGAACACAGUCAUAUACAACUAGGAAGAGAACGUUCUAACUUUUUUCUCUCUCUCCCCCCAUAUCCUUCUCGACCCUCCUUUUCCCAGUGGAACGAAUGUGGACAUGAAAAAAUAAUUUUAACGAAUGCUUAAUCUGGUUGGCUGUUUACUCCCUUAUAUACUCACAGGCUGAAAGGCUCUACUUCCAAAAUGGAAAAGUCUGCUGGGGGCUAAGCAGGAUUAAUUAAGCUCGAUCAGAUAGUUUUUCAGCGGUACACGUGGACUGGAGUUUUACGGGCACCUUCAGAAGAACAGAGGAGUUCUUUAACUUUGUGCUGGAAACUGAAGGAACUCCUGAAGUGUUCUGCGCAUCAAGGGUGUCACCAUGGAAACAGACUCCACCUGUAACUUGACCACACCCAAUGUAUCAACACUGGACCACAAUACUACAAGCUCAUCAUGUGACUACAUGUCCCUCUCGACCUUCCGGUACCAGAAGACAGUACUCCCCGCAUUGUACAGCCUCAUCUUUUUACUGGGUUUCCUUGGUAACGUGCUGGUGGUGUGUGUAUUAUUUCACAGCUCGGGUCGGAGGACUGUAGCUAACACGUAUCUGGUGAACCUAGCAAUGUCGGACUUGCUCUUCCUGAGCUCUUUGCCAUUCUGGGCUGUAUAUUACUCUCUGGAUUAUAAUUGGGUUUUUGGGACGGUUAUGUGCAAACUGUGUGGUGGUUUGUUAACCAUAAACGUCUAUGCUAGUAUAUUCUUUAUCACUUGUAUGAGCGUGGAUCGAUAUCACGCCAUCGUUUACCCGCUUCAUUCCCAGAGCCGCAGAAGCGUAAACCGGGCCAGGUGUGUCAGCGCUGUCAUUUGGGUCGUGGCAGCUCUGACCACGUUGCCCACGGUUGUGUUCCGUGACAUACACACUUUUCCCGAAAACAACAUCACAGCUUGUGUCAUUUAUUACCCCAGGCCCCUCUGGCACACCGGGUUAAGUCUCGCCAAGAACACCCUCGGAUUCUGCCUGCCGUUUGUCGUCAUAGCAACAUGCUACAGCCGCAUCGCCGUGCACCUGCUGGCCACCCCAAAUCACCUGGAGCAGGACUCGGCGCGAUUGGUCCACGUUUUGCGUAUGGUAGUCGCUGUGGUGUUGGCAUUUUUCUUCUGCUGGUUUCCGUUCCAUGUGCUGACGUUCCUUGGAGUUUUAAGAGAUCUGGGGAUGAAUUGGGAUUGCUGGGUGCUUCAAGCAGUUCAUAAGCUACUGCCGUUCUUUCUCUGCCUCGGAUUUUCCAACUCUGCCAUUAACCCAUUCCUCUAUUGUUUUGUGGGAAAUCACUUCCGGGAGAAGCUGUGGCAAUUUUACGGGGAGGCGCUUACACAGAAAAGAGAUUCUAUUAGCACGAGACUGUCUUCCUUCUCCAGGAAACUGAGCGACCUUAAAGAAACUGUGCCUAUGGAGAUCAUGGAGCAGUAGAGCGUAUAAUAUAUUAUAUGUUAUCAUAACAAACAGAAAGGGACAAUGUCAAUGUCAGUCAUUGGCCUUAAUACUGUUCUGAGCGAUGUCAUUGGUCCAGGAGCAUCACAGCAGUUGGGUCACAUUCUGUAUUCCCUGGUGUCUGCAUGUUGCUGGUUGAUAUAAUAAUAGCUGCAUUAAUAAUAGUCUGUUGAGUGACACUGUUUUGCUUCAGAAGCAUUAACUGACCAUAUCUGUUUAUGCAAGUAAUAUAUAUACAAUAUGCAACUAUGUAUUAAUGAAAUUUAUCAGACUCUUUCCAGGAACUGUGACUUUAUGGUUUGAUUUUAGCUGUUUGGUCAGUGUAAUUAGUGACCUCCAUAUCAUUCAUUCAUUCAUUAUGUUGCUGUACUGUAUAUAAAAUGUCACGGCAAUUUAGCUAAGAAACUGUGUACAAAAAAAACAUUUUAAAUGUCAGAAUGAGUUGUUAUAAAAUGCAUGAUAAUUAUAAAGGAGUCUCAACAAUAAAUUGUUCACAU